AAGGCCUUUAUGUUUGUAUGUGGAGACAACGAAUUGGUCGCUGGCGUCCACAGUGAAUUCAGCAGUUUGGUGUAUGACAGGAAGUGGAAGUUUUACUGCUGCAAAGCCUCUUUCAGCCUCUUCAACUGUAAUUCGGACCCAUUCGUCAACUACUACGGCGAGUACUUCAGCUGGAAGGUCGCCAGCGCCAGCUUCCUCAAAGCCGUGACGAGCAUUUUUGAUCCAAACACAGGCGAUCGUCGAUGGAAGUUCUCGUACUGCCAGAGUAAAGUGGAAUGAAUCUGCCGUCUCUCAGUGAUCCACAUUUAUCAUGUAGAGUAAAUAAAUACUGUGUGUGUGUG